AGUAAAAAGUUUGAGCUCGUUCAUUACGCCUCAAACAAUGAAAGUUCAAGCUACUUUCCUAUUAAUACUGGCCUCGGUAGUGAUCCCUACUGAAGGACAAAAUUAUUGUACUUCGAAUUUAUGUCCCAGCGGUACAACACAUAUUGCCUGUAGUAGUAAUGGAAGUUUCGGAUCACAAUGUCCCGCAAAUGCUAGAACGGUCAAUUUAUCAAAAAUGAAGGCACUCAUCGUGAAAAUGCAUAACGUACGACGAAACAGGACUGCGGGUGGAAAUCUACCAGGAUUUCAGCCAGCAACACGGAUGAGAAUAUUGCAAUGGGACAAUGAAUUGGCAAAGAUUGCUCUACUAAAUGCCAAAAGAUGUUUCAUGGCCCAUGACGCCUGCCGUAAUACACCACGCUUCACUCAUGCCGGACAGAAUUUAGCGAUAAGCUCCACUAGGGGGAUGCCGAACCGGUUGCGGAGGCACCUUAUCAAGGCUAUCCAAGGAUGGUUCCUUGAAUAUAAAGAUGCUGACAUGGAUAUUAUAAACAGCUUCAGAGAUCCCAAGACUGUGGGGCAUUUUACUCUCAUCGUGAGCGAUCGUGUCCUUAAGUUAGGGUGUGGAACAGUUCGAUUUGUAAAGAACGGCCGAAAUACACUGCUGACUGCCUGUAACUACUCAUCCACGAAUGUAUUCGAUAAACCUGUAUAUAAGACAGGUACCGCUGCCUCAGGAUGCACAUCAGGGACGAGUCCGAGGUAUAAGAAUUUAUGCACAGUGAACGAACCUCUUGACCCUAAUGCCAUAUAAUGAUAUAAAUAAUUAUAUAUGUUUAUUGCCAUCCAACGGAUAACGAGGAAUAAAUUUGAUAGAAAUUCAA